UUGAAAGCGUGACUACACUCUUGAAGGACAGCAAGAGUUUACGUUCGUGGGAGGGUUGUUGAUCUUUCGCUGUGGGCGUUGUAUGCGAGUUGUACAGUACCUGUCCUGUAAGACGCUUCAGGUGAAAAUCAUCCAGAGUGGAACCUAAACUGUGCCAUCUUUUCAGACGGGUGUUGAUGAAACUCCGCAGCUGUCAUCAUGUUCAGUAAAAAGAAGUCAAAGAACACCGUGACCAUCACGGAUAAAAGGACAACAGACAACAGUGAACUGACUGCCCUGAUUGACAAGUUGCAGAAGAAUGCAGACAAGGUGGAGAAAAACAUCUAUGAGACUGAACAGAAUCUCAACAGGGACAUCCAGAAAAUCAAUGAAAACAAGCCGCCCCUGUACCAGGAGGACAACAACAAAAGGAUCCUGAACUCUCUGGAGCUAUUAAAUAGUCUGGAUGCGGAUGCGGCCCAAGCCUCGCGUUUGAAACACCCUCAGGCUGAGAUGAUUGAGAAGGAUAUGAAGCAGCUGCGUUAUCGCGUGAUGAAGCUUCGCGAUGACCACAAUCGCAUUUACAAUGUCACAAGAUCGGAGCAGGUUCCCAUUGUUAACUGGGGGAAGGUGAUUGAUGAAAAACAGGCAAAUCUGAACAACAAAGGAUUUGGCCAGGACAUACCAACUAUCGAAAAUGAAGUGGAAGAGCACAACAUUUUUCAUAGCGAAGUGGAGGCACUGGCUCCAUAUGUCAACGGAGACAGGGGCAGUAAUGGGCAGCAGGAGAAGUACAACAAACUACUGGCGAGUUCCACUGCUCGACAGAAGAACCUGCUCAGUCUGAGGGAUUACAUGCAGCGUUGCACCAACGAGCUCUACUGGUUAGACCAGCAGGCGGAUGAGCGGAUAACCUAUGACUGGACCGAUAACAACCUUGACUACCCUGCCCGAAAAAGGCAGUAUGAGAACUUCAUCAGCAAGUGUCUAGAGCCAAAGGAGAAGACCAUCACCCAGCUGAAUGAAGAUGGAGAGAAGCUUGUCGAGCAGAAUCAUCCAGGGAAAAAUGUUGUUUCGGCCCACAUGGAGGCAGUCCAUGCAGAUUGGAAGGAAUAUCUCAACUUGCUCAUUUGCGAAGAGACUCACCUCAAGAACAUGGAUGACUAUCACAAAUUCCAAAAGGAUGCAAGAGACACUGGUGAUUUACUUAAGCGUCUGGACACCGAGAUCAGCCAGAAGUAUAACCCUGAGUUUAAAGACAUGUAUCAGCUGGAGGGCUUGAUUGGGGACCUGGAUGACCAAGCAAAGGCUAUGGAUCAUUACGACGAGCGACUCAAAUCUCUUCAGAAGCGCAGCCUGCAGGUUCUCCCUCUGAAGUACCGCAGAGAGACUCCUCAGAAACUUCUCCCUAUCGAGGCUCUAUGCGAAUACGAGACUGAAGAGGGCUCCAUUGCACGAGGAGCACGCUACACCCUGCUCAGGAACAACGGUCCCAAAUGGGAUGUGAAGGACACGAACGGACGCACCAUGAACGUUCCAGGAGUGUGUUUUAUAAUCCCACCCACUGACCCCGAAGCUGUGUCCACUUCUGAAAAUCUAAUAAACCAGCAUAAAGGCAUCAAACAAAAAGUGUCUGGCAGCAAAGCUGCAUUGCAGAAUAGGCUAGGGGAGCUGAGGAGAGAUAGCACAAGCGGUCAAGAUAAACAAGAGCAGCAGUGUCGUCAGCUGAUGGCAGGACUGGAUAAAGUGAUUGGUGAUCUGGACAAGCAAGAGAAGGCCAUUUACUCUCAACUGCGCCCCCCACUGGAGCAGACACGACCUGUUCAGGACAGUGCUGAUAGAUUACAGGGCAUGAGGGACAUUAACACUGCUGUCCGUAGGAUCGAGCCAGAAAAGUCCGCAAAAAUAAAGGAGGCAGAGACCUUCCUCAGAUCAACUCCCCAAUGUGCAAGCGCCCCACAGCUGUAUUCUAAGGUGGAUGAGACAAACAAAAAAUAUAACAAAGUGGACUUGCUUCUGAAUUGUGCCGACGAGAAACUGCAAAAUUCCAAUAGACUGGAGAAUUCCUUGCAGAAUGGCAAAAACCUACUGUCCACCUAUGAAAACAAACUGGCAAGAGAGGAGGUUGCCCCAUCUGAUAUCAGUUCACUGGAGAGGACCCAGCGCGAGUUGGAUGACAUUGCAUCUGAGCUGAGGUUGAAAAGAGGUGUCCUCGCAGAGAACGAGCAAAACCUGAGAGCUGCCAAGGCUAGCUGCAACAACAUGGCCACCAAAGUUCAAGAACACUGUCCUGAUAUUGAGAGACAGGAGGCAGAUGUUCAGAAACUCAACAAACGCUUUGACAACCUGAACAGACAGAUUGAUGUGAGAUCAAAAUGUCUGCAAAAAGCCAAAGUGGCCCAAUCCAACUAUCAAAAUGAUUAUGACAACCUCAAUAGUUGGCUUUCUCGAAUGCCAAACUAUGAGCCACGGGAAACUGAUGAUGUCAGACAGAUUGACACAAAGCUGAAAAAUCAAAGAAGUCUGCUUUCUGAAAUCGCAAGAAAAGAAUCCGACCUGAACAGUGUGGCAAAAAAUGCACAGCUUUACCAGCAAGCGGUCAAGGACUACGAAAAUGAAGCUGAACGGUUUAAAUCUAUUCUUGACCUUGAAGAUGGCUUGGUUCCUCAAACAUACAAAAGGACCAGACUUGAGUCUCCUGCUGUGAAAGUGAACAGAGAGGAAUCCGCUAUUGAGGCCAAAUUUACUGAAGUGAAUGCUGUGAACAAACAGAGACUGCAGAACUUAGAGUUCACCCAAGGUCUUCUUAACCAGCAACCAGAGGUUUCAGUAAUGAGGCAAGAAAUCCAAUCCGUGAAAUCCUCAGCACCAGGAGAAGAGCCCUGGAGAAUCAAAAAACAGCUUCAGGAAGAAGUCCAGCGUAGAGAACAACUGGAAAGAGAACUUCAGUCAAUCCAGAGUGACAUUUAUUUACUGGAGGGCCAAAAACCACAGGAUACAAUUAUCAAGAAUGAGGUCAUCAAGAAGGUGCCUGAUCCUCAACUGGAUGAAGAAUAUAACAAGGUCCAGCAGAAACUUCUAGAAGAAAGCAGGACCACUCGUGUCUUGGAGAGUGAGCUGGAGACCCUCCGUGUAAAGCUCCGUGGGAUCGAGACCGAAAUGAAAGAGGGAGCCCAGCAGUAUACAGUCAAAGAGGUGCUCCGCAUUGAAAGAGACAAGGCGCAGGAGGAGGAACUCAGGAGAUUGAGAGAGGAGCUAGAGGAAGUUAAAAGACUAAAAAUGAUCAGAGAAAAUGAAGUCAUUCAGAUUCAGAAGCAAGUGACUAUACUUGCAGAGGAGAAAAACAGAGAGCAGGAAGUCAUCAGGGAGGAGGAAGUUAUUAAGGUUCAAAAUGACCCUAAACUUGAGAGCGAAUACAGAUUGCUGCUUGAUAGAAAACAAACGGAAAUCGAUAGCCGUAAACAACUUGAAGAUGAACUUCGGUUCCUGCAGGAGAAACUAAAGCGUCUUGAAAAGGAAAAGGCAAUGGCUGAGGAGAAGAUCACCAUCAAAGAGGUUGUGAAAGUUGAGAAAGACAUGGCAUUGGAGAGAGAGGUAGAGAACCUAAGAAGACAGUAUGAGGAUGAAAAAUCCAAACGCAGUAGUUUAUUAAGAGAGAAAACCGACAUUACACGCAAGAUUACUAGCCUGGAGGAAGAGAAAUCUAAGGUCAUCAUUCAGGAGAAGGUGCGUGAGAUUGUUCGACCUGAACCUAAGGCAGAGGCUGAGGUGGCAAAUCUUAGACUUGAACUUGUAGAGCAGCAGAGAAGGUUCAGAAAUUCAGAACUUCAGCUGAAGUCCUUGCAAGAUGAAUUGACAAUGCUUAGAAACAGAGGACCACAAAUUGAAUACAAAGAAAUCAUCAAAGAGGUCAUUAAAUACAAGACUGACCCAGCAACAGAAAGAGAACUGGAACAACUCAGAAACGAAAUUGUAGACAAAACCCACCAAACAGAGAAGUUCGAGUUGGAGAUCCUUCAACUCACAGAAGAGAUUCAAAGAUGGAAAGACACCAAGCCUCAGAUUCAGACUAAAGAGGUGGUAAAUGAGAUUGUGCAAUAUAGAGAAGAUCCUAAAACCAAGGAGGAGAUAGAGAGUCUUAAGCGAAAACUGGCUGAGGAACAAAGGAAACGUUUGGACCUGGAAAGUGAAAGGGCUACCAACGAAGAAAGAAUAAGGAUUAAGAAGAUGGACUUGUCACAGGUGAGGGAAAAGAUUGUCCAACAAGAAGUUGUGAAGGUGGAGCAGGAUCUAGUUUUGAAAUCUGAAUGUGACACACUUAGUCAAAAUAUCAGCAAUGAACAGAAACAAAGGGAGAUCUUGAAAGAAGAGCUGCUCCGGCUGCAACGUCAAAAGAACGACUUAGAUCUUCAGCUCGAAGAAUUGGAGCGUGAACGCAAAGCUCGCAGAGAAGCCGAGCUCGAAAUUCAAAGGCUGAGAGUGCGGCUUAAUGAAUUAGAGAUCAGGGACAAGGAAAACAGAGAGAAGGUUACAGUAAAGCAAAAGGUUGUGCUACAGCAGGAUCCUCAGCAAGAAAAAGAGCACUCUAUCCUUCGUCUUCAGGUUGAGGAAGAGAGGCACAAGCGUAUGCUCUUGGAAAAGGAGUACAACGCCUUGGUGCAGCAGCAGUUGACCCUUGAGAGAACAGAAGUUCGCGAAAAAGUUGUGCGAACUGAAAAGGUUCAAGUUGAACGUGACCCAGAAGCAGAGAUGGAGAUUGAAAGGCUGAGGAGGACUCUUGUUGAAGAGGAAAGGCGACGCUCUGAACUGGAUGUGGAAGUUAAAACCCUCAACACCAGGGUUUCGGAGAUGGAGUUCACCAGUACGAAAUCGUCCAAAGACCUUGACUACGUUCGUGAAGAAAACAACAGGCUACAGCAGGAAAUCCAGCGACUACAAAACGAAAUGAGGAGGCUUCAAUCCGAAAUCGAGAUCACAUCAAAAGAAACCAGACAAAUCACAGAAACAACUACAGUGGAGAGUAGCAGAAACCUGGAACUUCGACUGGAUUCCUUGCAGAACGAACUUAAAGAACUUCAGCGUAUAAGAAUUGAAAAAGAUACAGAAAUUGAAGCGCUUCAAAAGAGUUUGUCUUCCAUGAAGGUUAAAAGAGAAUCAAGAGAAAGUCACCUCCGCCGUUCAAUUGUUAUCAUUGACCCGGACACCGGCAAGGAGAUGAAGCCCGAAGAGGCUUACAAGCUCGGCCUGAUCGAGUGGAAAAUGUUCGUCAACCUUCAGAGCCAAGAGUGUGACUGGGAGGAGAUCACAGUCAAGGGUCCCAAUGGCGAGUCCUCUGUUCUGCAUGACAGAAAAUCGGGCAAGAAGUUCGCCAUUGAAGAUGCACUAAAGGCUGGAAACAUCACAAACCGCCAGGUGCAGCAAUAUCAUAACAAAGAGAUCAGUAUCCAGGAGUUUGGUGUCAUGCUGUCAGCAGGCAAAGGCAAAUAAAUCUCCAAUUCAGAAAACAUCACUACUUUUAUAUUCUGUUCAAAUGCUCCAGUAAGCAUACAUGGCUGUACGCAUUCCCAGAUCUCAUUUUUUAUUCUCUUUCUAAAUGCGUAUUUAUUUUCAAAUGCAUUCUUAUAUUAAUGCAAGAUGGUGUUCCUUUGGUUAUGGUGCUGAAUUUGGGUUUCUAUCGCUAUAAGUGUUUUUAUUGAAUGGCGCUUUAAAAAAUCUGGUUCAGUUUUACUGUACUCUGAUCUAAUAUAUGCAUAUGAAGUGUGAUAAAAUAAAUAAAGUAUAUAUAUAUAUAUAUAUCUAAAGUUACAGCCCUGUUUUGUUCUUUUAAUGAACCUUUUACUUGUGUUGAAAUAAUCUGUUUUACUUUCAUGUCUGAUUUGAGAUUAAAAUAAAAUUUGGGUAAACCCGA